GUGAAGAGAAUAAUUGUCCGUUACAGCGACAGCAAGGAGUGUGACAGUGGGUUGCGAGUGCGAGCUCCGUCCUUGUUCUUGUAUAUUUAAAAGAAGACGCAAGAAAAAGAGAGGGAAUGAAUGUGUUGUUUGUGAAUGGGUGGCGAUGCAACAUACUCGGCGGCGAAGAUUUCGGUGUGGUGGGACAUGGACAAGUGCCGCGUCCCCAAGGGCCAAAACGCCAACUCCGUGGCAAAGAACAUAACGACAGCGCUGGUGAACAUGAACUACGUGGGCCCCCUCACCAUCUCCGCCUACGGCGACACCACCCGCAUACCCAGGCCCAUCCAGCACGCCCUCUCCAGCACCGGCGUUUCCCUCAACCACGUCCCCUCCACCUCCGCCGACAAGAGGAUCCUCGUCGAUAUGCUGCUCUGGGCCGUAGACAAUCCCGCCCCCGCCAACUACUUGCUCAUUUCCGGCGACAGAGAAUUCUCCAACGCUCUCCACCAACUCAGCAUGCGACGCUACAACAUCCUCCUCGCCCAACCGCCCCACCUCCCCCGCCUCGCCGCCGCCAGACUCCUCUGGCACUGGGCUACCCUCUCCGCCGGCGGCUCCCCUUUCUGCCCCCUCGACUCCAAACCCAAAUACGUUAGAAAAAGCAGCACAGCAUUGCCUCUUCAAAUGCCCAAUCCACCAGCACGGACACAGUCCAUGUCUCUUUUCAAAGCUCCUCACGAAUUCUUUCCUUCUAAAUGUAACCUCCCUGUAAUCCCAACUGCUUCUGAAACUUCUUCCAGGGAAAAUCAACCUACGUCCAAUCCAAUCCCUGAUAUGCCUAGGCUGAAGCUUAAUCUCCAAGAAACCAGGGGUGAUUCUAGAGCUGACUACGACGUGGAGGGUCUUAUUGAUGUUAUUAUGAGAGCCCUAGAGUUUCUCAAGGUUCAAAUGAUUGUACCCUCCGAAGCGAAUAUAACAUGUUGCAUUCGUUAUGGGGAUCCCAGGUAUCAGAUGAUUGAUGUUAGGAAGGCCUUGGAUUUCGCAAUUCAGCAACGUAGGGUAGGGAUACGAGUCCUUGGGGCUUUACAUUUGUAUCAUGGUACAAAUCAUAUGCUCUACAAGUGUGUCAAUCAUACAAGUGGUCAACCUAGUGAUUUCCCACAACCAGUAUGGGAUAGAGUUGAGCAGUUUCUUCGGUCAUCAUCAGGGAGAUCAUUGAUUUUGGUAUCACGUUGCAGAUAUGAAGCCAGUUUGUUUAUAAAGCGAUCGUGCCUUGAGGAGCUUGUAUUAGGGGAUGUGCUUAAAAUUCUGGAGAUGAUAAUCAAUGUCAAGGAAUGGAUUAUACACAGUUGUUGUGGGUGGCAGCCGAUUACCAUUACGCUUGCGGAGAGUAAAGGCGAUGAUGCAGAUAGUAAUUUUGGUGUUCAUGUAUAUCAAAUCUGAUACAAAUGUUGGUUAUUUUACAGUCACAACCCAACAUAAAAGAAUAUAUAUAGUAGCUCACCUGACAUAGAUGAAUCAUGAACGGUGUCAAGACAUAUGUUUUUGUGCAUUACUAUAUGCUUGCUGGAGGGAUUUUUGAUUUCAGAAGACAGAUGAUUUCUGCCUAUAUACGCUGCUGAGUCUGCUAUCUGAUGGUAUGCUUUUCAUCUAUCUGAUAUUUGCUUGACAUGUAUGCUUGCAUGCAAAUAGUCAGUGGUGGGAAAGUGGCAGCCUGUCUUUUUUUUUGGCAAGUAAGAUCAAAAUGAGGUGCUUUUUUGGGAAAAACCCAGACACAGAGACAGCAUAUAUACUUUUACUGAUUGUAAGUAUGCAAUCAGUUAGGCCGAAUUAUACAUUUUUUUGAGACAAGCUUAUAGUUUGUUUAGAACUGAUUUUGAAAGGAUUGAAAAUGAAAAAAAUGAUUUCCUUUUGGGAAUGCUAGUUCAAGAGUUUUGUUUAGAAGCAUGAAAAUUGUUUGAAUGGAUAUAUUGAAAAGAUAGCAAACAAUUUGGUCCUUGAAAGUGGCAUGUCGUUUAA